AUGAUUCCUGCCUUUCUUGGAGGACGCUACAAGCACGUUGAAGUCUUGUCGAUCAUUCUUUUUGCACUUGCACUGGCGCCUUCAGGUUUUGCAGCACCGGAGACAGACUCUCCGCCCCGUCCAGCCGAUCCAUAUGCAGAUCCUGCCAACGAUCCUUACAAUCCUCUGAGGUACAUUCCAUCUAACGUACUCACCGCGCUUGCAUUGGUCUUGUACUUGCUCAUUGCAUUGACCCAAAUGUUUAUGAUGUGGAAAAUAGGUGGCAAGUACAUGACAACUUUAGUUAUUGCGGAAUGCGCAUUCUGUAUUGGGUUUGGUUUUCGCUUCGCUCUCCAUUCGAAUCCGGAGAGUAAAGGGAUCUAUAUUGCGGAAUAUCUCUUCAUCAUUCUCUCUCCGUGUGGUUUCAUUGCCGCUGAUUAUGUUCUUCUCGGACGCUUGUCUCGUUGGCUCAACUGCGACUCCCAUCUUUUGAUCACCCCUCGACGUAUCACCCUCGUUUUCGUCCUCUCAGACGUGGUAACGUUUCUCGUCCAGGCAGCUGGUGGAGCGAUUUCAAUUUCAAACAAUGUCGACACUGCGAAAUUUGGAUCUCAUCUCGCUCUAGCGGGACUUGCUCUCCAGCUAGCGUCCUUCGUGUUCUUUACGUUGGUCUUCACUCUUUUUGUGUUCCGCGUGUACAAGCAUGAACACCGAAUCUGGACUCGCGACUCUGGUAAACCGAUUCAUCAAGACUGGCGUAUUCUCGCUUGCGCUCUUUUAAUCAGUUGUGUCGGAAUUCUAGUCCGUUCAACAUACCGUACCAUUGAACUAUCUCAAGGGUACCUCGGAAGUCUUUCCACUACGGAAGGUUUUUUCUACGGUCUCGACACACUGCCACUUUUCGUUGCAGUAGUUGUUUAUGUACCCUUUUGGCCAGGGAGGUUCAUAGCUGAUGACGGUGAGAUGAAGAGACUUGAGAGUGUGGAGAGUAACACGAAGUAUAUGAACAUGGUCCCUCUAAACCCAUGAGCCAUUCGAUGUCGCGGCGCGCGAGGGUUGAUUGCGAGCUGGACUUGUCAAUGGACGUCUAAUACAGAUGUACUUUCGUUUCUGUAGUGUUUGAGAAACUGGGACUCUUCUAUUUGGUCAUAGUCA